GUAAAUGGCUAGCUAUUUCGUUAGUACGAGAUAUUGAUACGGUGGUGCUAUUGUUGCAAUGCAAAAGGUUUGCAUGUCGGAUGGGUGGAAUAGAUGAUGUAGAAAUCAGCAACUAUAACGGUUUUUAGUGCUCAAAUUUGUGAAGUAAAUUUUACUACUUAAAGUGAUAAGAAACUAGUACAAUGAUGUCAGAUAGAAAAGCUGAGCUUGAAAGAAAGAAGGCAAAGCUUCAGGCUAUUAGAGAAGAAAAAGAAAGACGCAGGCGAGAAAAGGAACAAAAAGAUGUUGAGGAAGCUACGGUCCGUGCUGCAGGUACAGAUAAAGACCACCGCAAGGAAUUAGAUGCUAUGCUAUCAUCUUUAGGUGUAGCUCCAGUGUCAGAUGUAUUAUCAAGUUUAUCGAGUUUGAAUUCAUUAACUCCAGAACAAAGUGCUAAUGCUACACCUGAUGCUAGUUUACAGCCAUCCAGUAUAAAUUCUGCCCAAAGCAGCUCUGGAAGGAGGAAAAACAGAGAACUCACAAUUGUUUCUGUUGCCCAUACCAACAUUCCGCCAAAGGAACCAGUGGUCUAUAAUAAACAAACUCAAACAAUUCAGACAACGCACACAUCUCAUGACGGACUGUCCGCAUCUUCUUCUGCAUACACCAUCUACUCCUGUUCAACAUCAACACCAACUCACUCUUACUCCGCAGGCUACUUUGAGAUUGACUGGUGGCGUCCCAGGAAAGGUGGGUCUGCACCAAACUACCUAUACGAGUACAAUCUAAAUCCUGGUUUAGAAUGGGAGGACGAAUUCACAGUUUUGACAUUUGAUGAUGGCCAAGCUGAAGAUGAAGAGAACAGUUUGCCGCAUAUGGACGGUUUCCAAAGCAAGCUUCCACCUGGGAUUCUUCCGCACGGUCUACCACAAGUUAAAGAAGUGCAGCCCGCUGUUACACAAGUGGAACAAGAGAAGGAAAAAGAAAAGCCUAAGGAAGUACGAGAACUCAGUGAAGAGGAGAAACAGAUGAUUAUAUUAUCCGAAGACUUCCAACGAUUUUUUGAUCGCUCUAGUCGUAUCGUGGAAAGGGCACUAGGUGAAUCAGUUGACAUUUAUACUGAUUACGCUGGUAACAUGGACGGGGAAGAUGGAAUGGACGACAAAAGCCAUCAGCGUUUAUGGUUGAAUCGAUCGUUCUUUUGCGAUCGAUGGUCCCGCAAUCGUUGCGUAACUGCUAUGGAUUGGUCACCUCAAUUUCCAGAACUCCUUGCAGCCUCCUAUAAUAAUAACGAUGAUACACCCAAUGACCCCGACGGGGUUUGUUUAGUUUGGAACACAAAGUUCAAGAAGACAACCCCGGAAUUUAUUUUUCACUGUCAGUCGCCAGUUUUGUCGGUCACAUUUGCAAGAUUUCAUCCGAAUCUAAUCUUAGGGGGGACUUAUUCUGGACAAAUUGUUCUUUGGGACAAUAGGGUGCAAAAGAGAACUCCUAUCCAACGAACUCCGUUAUCAGCAAAUGCGCACACUCAUCCUGUGUAUUGCCUAAAUGUCGUUGGAGCUCAAAACGCACACAACCUGAUCAGCAUUUCAACUGACGGAAAAAUGUGCUCGUGGAAUUUAGACAUGUUGUCGCAACCACAGGAGAGAAUAGAAUUGAACACUAAACAAUCAAAACCAAUCACCUCUACCUGUUUAGCAUUCCCCCAUGGCGAUGUUAAUAAUUUUGUUGUGGGCAGUGAAGAUGGAACUGUUUACUCAGCUUGUCGUCAUGGUACAAAAGCUGGAGUAUUAGAAACGUACGAAGGUCAUCAAGGGCCAGUCACUGGAAUUAGCGCGCAUGCAGUACAAGCUGGAAUAGAUUUUUCGCACUUGUUCCUAACAUCGUCCAUCGAUUGGACGAUUAAAUUAUGGAGUCUUAAAGAAACUAAACCUCUGUACUCUUUCGAGCAUAAUGGUGAUUACGUUUACGACGUCGCCUGGUCUCCAACUCAUCCAGCAUUAUUCGCCGCUGUCGAUGAUUCAGGAAGAUUGGACUUAUGGAAUCUUAAUCAAGAUACAGAAGUACCUACCGCCAGUGUCAUGAUCGAUGGAUGCCCAGCUCUUAACAGAGUUUCAUGGACUCCGAGUGGCCUACAUGUAACUGUAGGUGAUGAUACUGGAAAAAUUUGGGUAUAUGAUGUUGCUGAGGUAAGUUCAGUUCCAGUUAAUAACAGUUAUCGUUAUCUUAAUACAUUAGUUCCUUAAUGUAGAAAAAUGUUUAAUUUCAUGACAAUUAUGGAAUAAUUUCAAAGUAUAAAUAUAAUUGUAUCUGUAAUGCCCUCGUUAAUGCCUUAUGUUUUUGUUUUAAAUGAGGAAGCAUAAAGAAGUAUUUAGAUAGUAUAAUUCAAAGAAUACUCAAAUAUAAAUAAAUUACAUAAAAUAUGAUAAUGUUAUAUGUUAAAACUAAAACGACUUUUCAUUUAAAACGGACUGUAUGAAUACAACAACGAAUGAUAUACGAGGCGUGUUUUCUAAGUAGAAUUCGUUUUAAAAUAAAAGUAUAAUGAAAGGGAAUGAGAAACUUCAUUAAAUACAAUUAGAAUUGGCAUAUAUAUUUUUUCACUGGCACCAUAAGUCUGUCUUUCAAACUUGCGUGAUGAAAGACUUUCUUUAAGAUAUAAUUGAGUUAUCAGUGUUUGUGGGCCGAGAGAACUAGAUUGCCAGUACAAAUUCGUAAUGUGCAGGAUUACUUAUUUCAAUAAUCUUUACAAACAAUUUCUAUAAGUAUAAUGUGAUUAAACUGUCAGUAGUUAACUACUGAUACAAACAAAUGUGUUAUCCAUGUGUCAUAUUUCCUAUAGGAAUAGAUUAGCGGAAAGUUUAAAACGGUUCUUACUUAAAAAAAUACGCUUCAUAUGUUUUGAAGAUAUAUAAAUUUGUACCAGUAUCAGUAACAUAAAUCGUCUGUUCUUGUAACUAUGUGCAGGAUGUGCCGCAAUGAGUGAGACGAUCAAAGAGUAAAUAAUUUUACGUGUAAAAGUGAGCCAAGAAAAUACAGUCUAACAUUUUUUAAAUGCUUUUAUUUAAAAAAAGAAGUUCUUUUUGAAAAUGUAUACAUAUAGAACAUAAAUAUUUGACUAAGUAGUAAUCAGAAGUUUUCAGUGUCUCUUUGCUUUUUGGUAUACAUUGUAUGCAAUACAGGAAAGUUAUUUGCAAAGAAGUAAUAUAUCUCUUUGUACAUUAUUAUUUUUGUAUCUUGUGACUAAAUUUGAGUACAAUGAAAAUGCAUUUUCUUUAAACCUAAUUUGUGAAAAUACAUUCAUUGUUACACAUUAUGGAACAGCCUGUAUAUUUUUCUUUGGCGACACUAAAUUUUGAUAAUAUUUAGU